GGAGGAGAAGGAGAAUGGAGGCGGUGGUGUUCGUCUUCUCUCUCCUGGAUUGUUGCGCUCUCAUCUUCCUCUCGGUCUACUUCAUAAUUACAUUGUCUGAUUUAGAAUGUGAUUACAUUAAUGCUAGAUCAUGUUGCUCAAAAUUAAACGAGUGGGUAAUUCCAGAAUUGAUUGGCCAUACUGUUGUCACUGUAUUAAUGCUGGUUUCCUUGCACUGGGUCAUCUUCAUUCUCAACUUACCUGUUGCCACUUGGAAUAUAUAUCGAUACAUUAUGGUGCCAAGUGGUAACAUGGGAGUGUUUGAUCCAACAGAAAUACAUAAUCGAGGGCAGCUGAAGUCGCACAUGAAAGAAGCCAUGAUCAAGCUCAGUUUCCACUUGCUCUGUUUCUUCAUGUACCUUUACAGAUCAUACCAAAAUGACUUCCUAAGUUGAGAACAACUUGGAACAAGCUUUAUUGGAAACCAACUGACUACUGAUUUUUCACGGUAUAUUUAAAAUUCUCUUUUGAAUCUUGAAUUUCUUUAAGAUUGGGCACUGAUGUUCUUUCAGUAAUAAGACAAAAAGGGGAAAAAACCUAGGGAGGCUGAGGCAAAAGAAUCGCCUAAGCCCAGGAGCUGGAGGUUGCUGUGAGUUGUGAUGGCACAGCACUUUACCAAGGGCAAUAAAGCGAGACUCUGUCUCUACAAAAAAAGGGGGGGGGGACCUUCAAAGUAUUAUUCUGCCCUUCCUGUGUAAUGUUCUUCCAAGGACUGUUUCUGACCAUGUCUCAUGUGGUAUUCCAGAAGAGGAUCAGUUAAACUGCAUAUCUAAGUCAGGAAACUGUUUUUAAGCUGGUUUUGAUUCCAAAUGUAUACAAAUGAAGUCGCUUUAAUCCUAUAAAUACAUCUUAAUUUAUUUUUUAAAAAAUUGUGCUGUUAACCCUUUUAUGGGGCAACAAGCUAUGUGAAAAGUACAAAACUUUUUGUCAAAUGUAAUAUUGAGAGUGCUUUUGACAUAGUUCACUGGUUUAUCAUCUGGAUCAGUAUAUACUGCGCAACGGGCAAGGCUAGAAUCCAUGAACCAAGCUGCAAAGAUCUCAAGCUAAAUAAGGCGGAAAGAUUUGGAGAAACAAAAGAAGGAAAUUCUUUCCUAUCCAACGUAUACUCUUCAGACUAAUGCACUCUUUCUAUUAAGCCUUCUAAACUGUUAAAUAAAGUUUUCCAAACAAGCAUUUAAACUUCAUUACACAGAAGAGCAACAAGAAUGGUAUCCUGCCAGACAAAAGGCAGGA